AUAGAAAAAGCACAUAAGAAAGGAAGCGAAGAAGAAGACUGAGGUUUCCUCUUCUUUACUCUUCUUCUCUUCUUGUUCCUCGUUUCAUCGCCUCUCUAGUUCAAUUGACAAUGGCGCCUGAACCGGAGGACGAUAUUAAGGACGAGAAGAACCCUAGACCUCUCGAUGAGGACGAUAUCGCUCUUCUCAAGACUUACGGGUUGGGGCCUUACUCAUCCAGCAUUAAGAAAGCGGAAAAGGAGAUCAAGGACAUGGCUAAGAAGGUGAAUGACCUAUGCGGUAUCAAGGAGUCUGACACAGGUUUAGCUGCACCUAGUCAAUGGGACCUUGUCUCUGACAAGCAAAUGAUGCAGGAAGAGCAACCCCUUCAGGUGGCCAGAUGCACAAAAAUUAUCAAUCCUAACACUGAAGAUGCGAAGUAUAUCAUAAAUGUCAAGCAAAUUGCAAAGUUUGUUGUUGGAUUAGGUGAUAAAGUCUCCCCAACUGACAUUGAAGAAGGCAUGAGAGUUGGAGUUGAUCGAAAUAAGUAUCAGAUUCAGAUUCCCCUGCCACCCAAGAUUGAUCCAAGUGUAACUAUGAUGACUGUGGAAGAAAAACCAGAUGUUACAUACAAUGAUGUUGGUGGAUGUAAAGAGCAGAUUGAAAAAAUGAGAGAGGUAGUUGAGUUGCCCAUGCUACAUCCAGAAAAGUUUGUGAAGCUUGGGAUUGAUCCUCCUAAGGGUGUUCUUUGCUACGGGCCUCCUGGUACUGGUAAAACACUUCUAGCUAGAGCUGUAGCAAACAGAACGGAUGCUUGCUUUAUCCGUGUCAUUGGAAGUGAGCUUGUCCAGAAAUAUGUUGGUGAGGGGGCUCGUAUGGUUCGUGAAUUGUUUCAGAUGGCUCGUUCAAAAAAGGCUUGUAUUGUAUUCUUUGAUGAAGUUGAUGCGAUUGGAGGUGCUCGGUUUGAUGAUGGAGCUGGUGGGGAUAAUGAAGUCCAGAGAACUAUGCUUGAAAUAGUUAACCAGCUUGAUGGUUUUGAUGCACGAGGAAACAUUAAAGUUCUAAUGGCUACAAACAGACCUGAUACACUGGACCCAGCUCUAUUGCGUCCUGGGCGGUUGGAUAGGAAAAUUGAGUUUGGUCUACCAGAUCUAGAGAGCAGGGCCCAGAUAUUUAAGAUCCAUACCAAGACAAUGAACUGCGAAAGGGAUAUCCGUUUUGAAUUACUUGCUCGACUCUGCCCCAAUUCUACAGGAGCGGACAUAAGAAGUGUAUGCACAGAGGCUGGGAUGUAUGCAAUUCGAGCAAGGAGGAAGACAGUUACAGAGAAAGAUUUCUUGGAUGCUGUUAACAAGGUUAUCAAGGGCUAUCAGAAGUUCAGUGCUACUCCCAAGUACAUGGUCUAUAAUUGAAAACCACCCAUCACCCACCUUCUAUUUUCACUUAUAUAAUUAUAAAACACAUUUUGUUGCUUCUUUCUUUCUUUCUUUCAUGUUGUUUAAUGGAUAAUGUUAUCUUUAAUUAUGCAAUGAAACCAAUUUAAGAACAAACA